AUGGAAGAGAUGAUGGACGGCUGUUCGUUUUCGUCCCCCUCCCUCUUCUACGGCAGCUCGCCCUUCGCCCCUUCCCCCGAGGAGGAGGAGGAGGAUUUUGCCCAGAGGAGGGUCCCGGCCUCCUUCCGAGACCCCCCGGCGGACCCUCCCGGGGGCUCGGACGGCGAGGAACACAUCCGCGCCCCGACGGGCCACUCGCAGGCCGGCCCCUGCCUGCUCUGGGCUUGCAAAGCCUGCAAGAAGAAGGCGAGCCCGGGCGACCGGCGCAAGGCGGCCACUCUGCGGGAAAGGCGGCGGCUGAAAAAGGUCAACCAGGCUUUCGAGACGCUCAAGCGCUGCACCUCGGCCAACGCCGGCCAGCGGCUGCCCAAAGUGGAGAUCCUGCGCAACGCCAUCAGCUACAUCGAGAGCCUGCAGGAGCUGCUGCGGGAGCAGGUCCAGCAGUUUUACGGGCUGCCCGCGCCGGGCUGCUCCGAGCCCCCCAGUCCCAACUCCAGCUGCUCCGACGGCCUGACUGAAUGCAGCAGUCCCCUGUGGUCCAGAAGGAACAGCACUUAUAGCAAGAGUUACUGCUCUGAUCUCCAAAAUGCCUACCCCUCAGAAGCAGCUAGCUCUACCAUCUCCAGCCUGGAUUGCUUAUCCAGCAUAGUGGAUAGAAUCUCUUCUUCGGAUCAGGAGGGGCUCUCCCCCAGGGACGCUGCUCCCCUUUCUCCUCUUACCAGCCCUGAAUCCCGGCCAGCCUCUCCUGAGGCCCCUCAUUCCAACCUCAUCUAUCAUGUACUUUGA